CCAAUAAGUCUUUCCAUCAGUUUUAUUUCCAUAGAUAUGGAAUUGUUAUUUAUCUAAUUAGUUGCGGAUCAAAACUAAGAGACAUAAAAAGAUCUUGAGUACUAUUUUAACAAAGAGAUGGACAACGACGCUAGGCCAAACAUGCUUGGAAGUGCUGUGGUCGAUAGAGCUCCAAUUAAAAUCAAACUUAGUCUUAAAAGGCCUGCAGGUUCCUCUUCUCAAGACAAGAUAGUUGGUGAUGCUGCUGCUGAAACAAAAACACUUCAAGACUCAAAUAAAUGCAAUGCAGCGAAGAGAGUAAAGAUUGAUGAAAGCAAGAACACUAAUAUGGUUAAUGAGGAUGAAUAUAAUAGGGUGGUUAUGAGUGUUCCAGAUUCUGAUUUCUAUGACUUCGACAAGGAUCGCAUUCAAACUUCGUUUGGAGAAAACCAGGUUUGGGCUGCUUAUGAUGAUUAUGGAAUGCCUCGUUGGUAUGCACUGGUCCAUAGGGUUGUCUCUCAAGAACCGUUCCAGCUAUGUGUUUCUUGGCUUAAUGGCAAGAAAAAUGGAUAUGUGGGUUAUAUGAAGAAGUGGAUUGAUUCAGGGUAUUAUAAGACGAGUGGGUGCUUCUCAAUCGAGAAAUGUAGCAGCAACGACUCGCUCAACUCUUUCUCACAUAGAGUCCAGUGGACAAUAUGUGAGAAAGGAUUGGUGCACAUAUAUCCCAGAAAAGGAAAUGUUUGGGCUCUAUAUGACAAUUGGUCACCAUCUUGGGAUAUUUCAACUUCAGUAGAAGAAAUGAACAAGUAUGAAAUGGUAGAAGUCCUUCAAGAUUUUGACGAAGAGACUGGUGUGACGGUUGUGCCUCUUGUUAAACUCUCGGGAUUUAAAACUUUAUUCCGUCGCCAUCGAAGUCAGAGGACAUACCCAAGGAAAGAACUAUUCAGGUUCUCGCAUCAAGUUGCUUAUCAGUUGCUUACAGGUGAAGAAGGUGAGAAUGUUCCUGACGGUUGCUUGGAGCUUGAUCCAGCAGCUUUGACACCAGAGCUUCUCAAGGUUCUCACUGAGGAGGAGAUGAGAGAAGUGGAGAAUGCAGUCAAUAAACCAAAUGAGGAAGCGGAUGAGGUUAGUGGAAACUAUUAACAAUGUUACAAUUAAUUAUGAAGCAAAUAGGAAGCUUGAAAUGGAAAGUAACAACGAGGUUUGUGUGCAGGUUUACAAGAGGAAAUAAGAGGAGAAUAAAGAUGGUAGUGGAGA